GCAGAAGAUCCCGGGCCCGCAUCGACAAGCAGCUGAGAACCGGCUGACUUCACAAACGGCCUCGGGCCGCCCACCCUCGACAGCCACCAACGCCCAAGCUCUGCGCGGACCCGUAUGAGACAUCUGCGAGUCCCCAAGACCCCGGUAUCCAGGAGCUUGUAACGCGGCUGCUCAUUGGCUCAGCUCGGCACUGAUUGGCUGGAGCCCUUCCAAAGGCUUUGAGGGUUGGCUGAAGCUCCUAGUGUCGUGGCCAGUUGGCGGGUAGGAUCUUGUUCUAGGGGGUGGGUUCUGCCGCCUGCGGCGGUCGUUCUACUUCCGGCUUCGUCUGCCUCGCGGGGGUAAAUGCUUCGGGAUGUCUCUCUUGUCACCUCUUCCGGGUGGGUUGGUCCGGCCAGCGUUGCGUUUGAAGGCAAGAGGGGUUUAAGGAGGGGCGCGCGGGAGCAUAGGUGUCCCUGGAACCUGUGGCUGCCGCGUUGGGCGUUGCGAGUUGAGCAACCUGGAAACCAUGGCCAAUGAAGCGAGCAAGACCUUGGGGAAAGGAAGCGUCUACCCAGGGCCGGUACCAGAGGGCCUGAUCCGCAUCUACAGCAUGAGGUUCUGCCCUUAUGCACAUAGGACGCGCCUCAUCCUCCGGGCCAAAGGCAUCAGACAUGAAGUUAUCAACAUUAACCUGAGAAACAAGCCUGAAUGGUACUAUACAAAGCACCCUUUUGGCCAAAUUCCUGUUCUGGAAAACAGCAAAUGUCAGCUGAUCUACGAAUCUGUCAUCGCUUGUGAGUACCUGGAUGAUGCUUAUCCUGGAAAGAAGCUGUGUCCAUAUGACCCUUAUGAGCGAGCUCGACAAAAGAUGUUACUGGACUUAUUCUAUAAGGUCCCACAUUUGACCAAGGAGUGUCUGGUAGCAAUGAGAUGCGGGAGAGAAUGCACUGAUCUGAAGCUAGUCCUUCGUCAGGAAUUCGGCAAGCUUGACGAGAUUCUUGGCUAUCAGAACACCAUCUUCUUUGGUGGAGACUGUAUAUCCAUGAUUGAUUACCUCUUUUGGCCCUGGUUUGAGCGGCUGGAUGUGUAUGGAAUAGCUGACUGUGUGACCCACACCCCAGCACUUCGGCUCUGGAUAGAAGCCAUGAAGCAGGACCCGGCAGUGUGUGCGCUUCUCAUAGAUAAGAACAUUUUUCUGGGCUUCUUGAAUCUUUAUUUUCAGAACGACCCUGGAGCCUUUGACUACGGGCUAAGUUGCUGAACCCUCACCGUCCACCCCUUCCCCAUCCAGAAUCCCCAAGCAUUCAUGAUUCUGUAUCAGGAAUUGUUUUGGUGGGUCAGUCGAUCUCUGUUCAUUUCCUUUGAGGUUCCCAAUAAACAAAGAAAAUGUAUUCUUUCUAAUAACCAUUUGCAUGACUCAUCUAGCCCAUACAAAUAUAGUGCCCCGUGCUAAUGUCCGAGCACAUUUUGGGAGCCUGGUGUGCCUCCCAGCUCCUCGGUUUUGCCCAG